UGUGGUCCGGGAGAGUAUGUUCAAAUACCAUGUAUCGCUACCAAGAACACAAUUUGUGCUGCAUGCCCUAAAGACACCUUUAGCAGAAAUUACAAUAAUUAUACAAUGUGCUUAGACUGUACCUUUUAUGAUUGUCCUCAGUUCUCCAUUCUCAAAUCAGAAUGUACUCCGGUGGCUGACAUUGUUUGCGAGUGUGAGUCUGGGUACAAAAAGAGCUCCGCCCAAGGAGACCAUUUCAGCUAUUGUGAUUGUGGACCGGGAGAGUAUGUUCAAAUACCAUGUACCGCUACCAAGAACACAAUUUGUGCACCAUGCCCAAAAGGCACCUUUAGCGGAAGUUACAACAAAUAUAGUUGGUGC